AUUUAAAGACCUGGCUUUAAUAACGAAUCAGCUUAUUAUAUAAGCUUACGAUAAAUACAAAAAUAUCAUUAUAUAUCUGCGAAUAAAAAGGAAUAACUAAACAAAUUUAUUAGACUUUCUCAAUUUUUGAACGAGUGUAUCAUAAUCUAAAUGGAUUGGCAAUACAGAUCAUUUCCCCUAUAUGGACUACUUGCGCUAAUACUUGUACCAACCAGUUUUGGACUAUUUUUUGGACCGAGUUAUUCCAUUAGCUUAGAAUCAGAACUCCGAACAGAAUUAUUCACAACUAAUGAAUAUGAAGUUUUGCAAAGACCCGAGAAAAAUGUCGUUAUAAGUAUAAGUAUGACAAUUCUUACAAUCAACGAUUUGAACAUAAAAGACCAGGCACUGUCUAUAUCAGGAUAUCUAACAUUUAAUUGGAGAGACAGUAGAUUAGAUUGGUCUGAUCCUGCUAACACAACACAGGAUUAUCGAAGUAUUGAUUUUCUAUUCAGUAACGAAGAAUAUGUUUGGAGACCGUCAAUCAUCAUUGAAAAUUCGAUACAGGAUAUGGGAGUAAUUAGCGACAAAUCAACACCUAUGCGUAUAACACACAUGGGAACAGUAGUUUGGAGUCCAUCGGGCAUUUUUGUAGUAAGCUGUGAAUCUGACACCACCUAUUACCCAUUAGAUACACAAGAGUGCAAAGUAAAAGUUAGUUCUAAGGCCUACACAAUAAAUGAAGUAUCUUUAAUGCUGACUUUUAAUCCUGUUAUCUUAGAUUUUUAUUCAAAAAAUGGAGAAUGGGACCUUGUGUCAGCAUCAGGAUCAGAUGUCAGUGAUACUGCCGUUGGACAGUCUUCAUUUUCAAGUGUUGAUUUCGAUAUCAAACUUCGGCGUCGUCCUGUUUUCCACAUUAUAAACACACUGUUUCCAGUAGUUAUGAUGGCCAUUCUGAUUGCAAUGGUAUUUAAACUUCCUGUGGACUCUGGCGAGAGAAACGGAUUUGCAUUAACAGUGCUUCUGGCUUAUGCUGUAUAUCUUUCAAUUAUUUCAGAAAAUAUUCCCAGCACUUCUGUUUCAGUUUGCUUCCUGUCCUUGUACCUGGCGUUUGUUUUAUUUCUUGCUGUAAUGUCAGUAGUUUUGACCAUAUUUGUAUUGCGUGCGCACUACGGGACCGGUAAAAUCCCUAAACUACUGAAAAUUGUAUUCAACUGUACAUCACGUUCAAAAGUUGAUGUUCAGAUAUUAGAAAAAAAAGAUGUAGGAGAAUACAAACAUGAAGAAAACAAACUGACAUGGCAAAAAGUUGCUGUAAAAAUGGAUACUGUGUUUUUCUAUGUUUACGUAUUGUUAAUAUCUGUUGUUACGUCUGUACUCACAGUUGCAUACAUUAUUCAUUAUCGUAGUAUUUAGUCGUUACGUCUGUACUCACAGUAGCAUCCAUGAUUCAUUAUUGUAGUAUUUAGUCGUUACGUCUGUACUCACAGUAGCAUAUUUUAUUCAUUAUCGUAGUAUUUAGUUGUUACGUCUGUACUCACAGUAUCAUACAUUAUUUAUUAUCGUAGUAUUUACUAUAAACCGGGAAAUUUCGCGCCGUCUUUUUUCAACAAAAUCUAGAUUCGCGCCGUUUUCAAUUUGCGAUGUCCCGGUGUCCUAUAUAAGUUUUUUCAUAAAUGAUUUGGAAACUGUAUAGUUUUAAUACAUGUAUUUAAAUCAAGUGAUAAAACCAAUCAAAAAUCCUUUUGACGGUUAAGAUUUGAAAUUAUAAAUCAUGAUUGCUUGUAAAAACACAUUCAGAAUAAACAGAGAGGAAUGACCUAAUUAAGAGUGUAUUAAAUGCUGACAGAAUUACUUACUCUUUUGAUCUGAAUGAUAUGUACAGUAUAUGCAAUGAGUAAUCAUUUUAAAACUGAUUGACCGGAGUCAUUUACAUAACUGUAACGAUAGAUGUUCAUUUAGGAAUAUCCGUAAUGUCCACUUGCUGAAGAUGUCUUCCAUGUUAGUUAGACUAUCAUGAGAUAUAGUUUUGAAUUUCUAAAAUUGACUUUCCUUUAGAAAUAAAGUAAUGGUUUGCGGUAUAGAUAUGUGGUCUGUAAAACUGAUGUUUCAAAUUAGUCAUCUACAUAUCUUUUUGACAUAUGGUCAUAAUCGGUCUUGUAUGGACUUUAUCUUUGUGUUCGGAUUUCCUUGAAAUAUUCACGAUCGUUCGAAAAUAGCGAAAAUAAAACUGCCGUGAAAAUUUCCCUGUUUAUAGUAGUUGUUACAUUGUACGUCUGUACUCACAGUAGCAAACAUUAUUCAUUAUUGUAGUAUUUAGUUUUUACGUCUGUACUCACAGUAGCAUACAUUAUUUAUUAUCGUAGUAUUGAGUUGUUACAUCUGUACUCACAGUAGCAUACAUUAUUCAUAAUCGUAUUAUUUUGUUGUUAGUUCUGUACUCACAGAAACAUACAUUAUUGUAUAUGAUAUCGAAUGUACAAACAUUACGCUAUACGUAAAUGGUGAAUCGAAGAAAGUAAUACCUAUGACAAACAAUUAGUUUCUAUGUCGUGAUCAAUUAUUUGUCUCAUGAAUAAAAACAACACAAAUGUAGAAUUGG